CUCUCUCUCCUCCUUCCUCGACCCCCGCUUCCCCAAUCUCUCUCCUCACCAAUCCCCUCCCACCACCACCACCACCAACACCAUCACCACCGCCCCCGACGACAACUACCUCCUCGACAGCCCUUACCUCCACCGCCUAAUCCAACACCUCACCAAUUCCGAAUCCGACAACCCCUCCCCCACCACCACAACCACCGCCGCCACUCGCUACCACUCUCCGGCCUCAAAAUCCGCCGUCGAAUCAAUCCCUACGAUCAAAAUCACUGCCGCGUUUCUCGAUCUCGAUCCGAUCAAUCUCUGCGCCGUGUGUAAAGAUCAAUUCGUGAUCGAUGUCGAAGCCAAGCAGUUGCCUUGUAAGCAUAUGUACCAUUCGGAUUGCAUCCUUCCGUGGCUCGCGCAGCACAAUUCGUGUCCCGUGUGCCGGUUUCAGCUUCCGACGGAGAACGAUGAGUCCAAGGAUAGGCGGAGAUCGCGGUUCGCUGCGGUGAGGUUUAGGGAGUUUAUGAUGGAGGAUGAGGAUUUGUUUGGGUUUGAGAGUACUUUGAGGCAUAUUGCUAGGAGGCAUAGGGUUGUGUUUCCUCAUUGGAGGGGGAGUAUUAUGGAGGAGUCUCUGUUGUCCCCGACACAGGUUGGAGAAGCUGAGCCGGGUGUGGAGCGUUCGAAUAGUGUGGAGACCGUGUCGAGCUGGCCGAGCUGGCCAGUGGAAGGAGGGAUCAAUGUGGGUGGCGACGAUGGUGAUAUCGGUGUGAGUGCCAGGAUGAAUGAGGAUGGAGAUAUUAUAAUGUCUUAAACUUGGGGAGUUGGUGUUUGUUUCAGCCAAUAUAAGGUAUGUAUAGUUACUGUAGGGUUAUUGAUUGUACUUCAUCUCCAUAAAUCGUCGAAUGAAGUGUACACCUGCUGUGGACGACACUACCCAAUAAUCUGAUGUUGUAUGUGAUUUUUUGUGCAAUAUCUCUCUGCCUCCCUUUUCACCCCUCUUGAGCAUCCAAUAUGAAUGAGGUUGUUGGCUUGUAAUGAUUUUCUGUAAACUAAUUGGCCUUUUUAUUUUUGGUUAAUAUGGAUAAAAUCAAGCUGUUUCUUUGUUUUCGCUUUAUUUUUAAGCCACCUGUAAUAAUGGCAUGGCAAUGCUUUUAUCA